CUUCCGGGAUCAAAAACAAGUUUCAUCUCUAUUCAAGUACUCUAUGCUUAUACUACGUUAGUGGUUUGUGGACUUAUCACGGUUCAUUUUGGUUAGAAUUUUUACCCUCCUUAACGCAUAGGUUAAGUAAGUUUGUUCGUAUAAAAUUAGAUACAUUUAGCCAUCAUGUACGAGGAUUAUAACGAGUAUGAUACAUAUGAUGAGUAUGGAUCGGUAGAUGGUUAUAACGAACAAUAUGACAGAGUAAACUACCGUCAAAUACCAGAAGUUGUACGAAGUUUUCUCGUAUUCUUACGAAACUGUAUAAAUGAAGGAAUGAUUUUUGAAAUACAAAAUCUUUAUGAAACAUCGUUUCCGAAAAUUUCAGAACAAUUGUUUGAUAAAUCUUCUUGGCCAGAUGCUCAAGCAAUUGCACAUAUAGUUGACAAUGACCCGGUAUUCCUCACUCUCUACAAAGAACUGUAUUAUCGUCAUAUUUAUGCUAGAAUGCAAGGACCAACGUUAGAACAACGUCUUGGUUCUUUUUAUAAUUAUUGCGAUCUUUUUAAUUACAUAUUGCAUCCAGAUACACCAGUUCAAUUGGAAUUACCCGAUCAAUGGUUAUGGGAACUUAUUGAUGAAUUUGUUUACCAAUUUCAAUCUUUUACACAGUAUCGUGCUAAUAUAUCCAAUAAAACAUCAGAAGAAAUUGAGAAUUUGAAUGCACAUAGCAAAAUAUGGGAUAUACUUUGCGUUUUAAAUGUUUUACAUUAUUUAGUUGAUAAAUCAAAAAUUAAAAGUCAAUUGGAAGUUUAUGCAAGUGGCGGAGAUCCAGAUUCGGUUGCUGGCGUAUUUGGAAGACAUUCUUUGUAUAAAAUGCUUGGAUAUUUUUCUCUUGUAGGUUUAUUACGCUUACAUUCUCUCUUAGGAGAUUAUUAUCAAGCAAUUAAAGUACUAGAGAAUGUGGAACUUUAUAAAAAAAGUGCAUACUCUCAUGUACCUGGUUGUCAGAUAUCAACUGCAUAUUAUGUUGGUUUUGCAUAUAUGAUGAUGCGUAGAUAUGCAGAUGCAAUCAGAACAUUUUCUGGUAUUUUGUUAUACAUUCAAAGAACAAAGCAAUUAUUUGCAACAAGAAGUUAUCAGAAUGAUCAAAUUAAUAAGCAAACUGAUCAGAUGUAUCAUUUAUUAGCCAUUUGUCUUGUUCUUCAUCCCCAAUGCAUAGACGAAGGAUUACAACAGGCACUACGUGAUAAAAAUUAUCACGAAAAAAUGUACAAGAUGCAAUAUGGAGAUUUAGCAGAAUUUGAAUCAUGUUUCCUAUUUGCAUGCCCAAAAUUCUUGUCCCUUACGCCACCAAACCCUGACAAUCCAACCGAAGAUUAUGUUCGAGAAGCAAUCAAGCACCAAACUCAAGUCUUUAUGGAUGAAGUAGUUCAGCAGAAAAUGUUACCAACGAUUCGUUCAUAUUUAAAAUUAUAUACUACUCUACCGCUAAGUAAACUAGCUACAUUCAUGUGCAGCAAUUCUAGACCUGAUGAAAAUUGGGAUUUAAAAAAGGAAGUUAAUACUCUGACCAUUCAUUUAUUGUGUUUCAAACAUAAAAUGAAAAAUAUUGUUUGGACAAAAGGUGCAUCAGGAUUAGAUGGCAAGUUCCAAUCUGGCUCAGAGUUGGACUUUUAUAUCGAUCAUGACAUGAUCCAUAUCGCGGACACAAAAGUGGCACAUCGUUACGGUGACUUUUUCAUUCGAAAAAUUCUGAAGUUUGAAGAGUUAAAUCGAAAAUUGCAUCACAUAAAGAUUUAA